UCCAGAAGUCCACUGUCUCAGAACCAACCACAAGCCUUCUCUUCGAAUCAAGGCAGCUGUAAACCAGCCUACAGUCGUUAUUUCUGUCAUAGCCUAAGACACAAGGAAAAACAAUGAGUCAAACUCUAAAGGAGAUAUUACAGAAGUACUCUGAUAAGCUAGUCAAGGCAGUAGGAGCCAAUGUGAAUAAUGUCACUAACGCACUGCAUGCCAAGGACCUCAUAGCGCCAGAAACUAGAGAAUUUGUAGUGACGGCAGUUGGAGUGGCUAAUUCUGCAAAAGCCAAUAGACUAAUGCUGGAUGUGUCUGAUCGAUUAGGAGCUUCUCUUGACGAAAAAGGAUAUCUGGUAAAAGUGUGUAAUGUAUUGACUCAGCAAGGUGGAGCAAUAAAAGAAAUAGGAAACGUCAUGCUUAAAGAACUAGGACAUAUCAUGCUUAAAGAACUAGGAACUCGUGCUAGUAGAGAAGUUGUAGAUAAAUGGCUAAAAGAAGGUAGUGUUAAGCUAACUGUUACUCGUGUUAACAUGCAUGGACCUCCUGGAGCUGGCAAGACCUGUGCGCUGCACCUUCUACUAAAUGAAGACCCACCUACUGAGCGUGUCACUGACAGUACACCAAUUGCUCGUCCAACUGUCAGAGCUACAAGAGUAUCUGUAGACGAUUUGAAAUGGGAAAAAGUUACUAGAGCUGGUUUACUUGAAAGACUGGCUUCUGAUUUAAAUGUGGCAGCUGCUUCUCAGCCUGAAGAAUCUUUAACUACUUCACCUUUACAACAACCAGAACACGGCCAUCCUUCUGCUUCUAUAGAAAUAAAUGAAACUAUUAUUUUAGCAAGCUCAGUAUCAAAUGAAGCCAAUAAUGAUGAAACUGAAACUGUUAUUCAAGAAAUUGUAGACACCAUCCAACGAUCAGCAGUUCAGUUAAGAGGCGAUUGGCUGUAUGUUAUUGAUUCUGGAGGUCAGCCAGCAUACCAGGAGCUGUUACCAUUGUUUAUUAGAACAGCUUCUCUGAAUAUCAUCACUCUUGAUCUCUCCCAACCUCUUGAUAAGAAGCUUGAUUUUCAGUACAGAAUUGGAGGGGAGAAAUUUUCGUGUGGUUUGAAUUUAAAAUAUUCAAAUCGGGAAUUCUUUCAGUCUGCAGUUUCUUCUGGAGCCAUUUUCAAACCAAUUGAUGUCCCUCAUGUCCUUGAAACACCUUCACAUCCAAUGCAUUUUGUAUUAGGCACACAUUAUGAUCUCAUAAGUCAUGAUAGCCUCAAAAAGAUUGAUAAAGAGUUAAUGUCUUCAUUGAAGCCUGAUAUACAAAAUUAUGUUGCUCCUAAUGAACGUGGGGUGUCUAUCGUAUUUCCUGUAAAUACACUAAUCCUCAAAGAUGAAGGAAGAUUAGCAGCAGGACAGAGAUUAUGUCAAUCAAUAGCAAAUUGUAGUGGCACUUCUCUUAAAUUAAAUAUGCCGAUUCGCUGGUUUGCAUUUGAGCUUUGGUUGCAAAAGGUAGCAGAAAGGGAGAGCCGCAAUGUUCUUAUAAUUGAUGAAGUUAUAGCUGCUGGUAAAAAGUUUAAAAUGAGUGAGAAUGAUACUAAGGAUGCCUUACAGUAUCUCCAUAAUGUCACUAUUGUCCUAUAUUUUCGUGAUAUUUUGCCAGAGUUAGUUUUUGUUGAUCCUCAGCCUUUGGUCGAGAUUCUAUCACGUUUAUUGGCUCUGACUUAUGUUGAAAGAGCUGCACUGCAUUUAAUCACAAACCCUGUACCUUUAGAUAAAGAUAUUAACAAGCUUCAUAAUUUUGGUUUCUUUCAGGAGAAGCUAUUGUCUCAUUUAAAAUCAGAUGUUGAACUUUUCUUUCCACCUCAUUUUGAGCCCUCACAUUUAAUUGACCUUCUCAUUCAUCUUCGUGUCAUUACUAAAGCAACAGGAGGGGAUUAUUUCUUUCCUUGUGCCUUGCAGGCAUACACUGAUCUACCUAUGCCUCAAACAGAAGCCAAGCCUCUCCUUAUAGUCUGGCAAGAGAAGCAUGGUCAGUAUGGGCCCAAUUCUAUCCCAGUUCCACAGGGAAUGUUUCCUUUACUCAUCACUCACCUCCUCCAAGUCAAUCAGGAGGAACCGAGGGAGGAACACUCUUUUAGCAUUGAAUUCCCUCCAUUAAAGCCACAGCAGUACUACAAGUAUCGUGACGCAUUGUCUCUGUGGAUAAAAAUUAGGGGAAAACGUUAUACACUUCACAUAAUCAAUCGCUACACUCAUAUUGAGGUUUAUUUUGUUGGAUCAGUUGAGAACGCAAAGGACAACUGCCCCUAUAUUUAUGAAGUAGUCAUGACAGCCAUCGAUCAAAGUGCUGAUGCCAUCAAUGUGAAGUGCAAUCACAUUAAUGCAUUCUCUUGUCCCAAGGAAAAGAACUGUUACUGUGUUGUAGAUAAAAACUUUUUGGUAAAUUGUUCUUUAUGUGCUACAUCAGCUCACAUACGUGAAGAUGAUAAGAGCUACUGGUGCUGGUUUGGUUUAAAAGACUGUAGUUUUACAGAUUAUACUCCUGAUUCAGAAGCACUAAUCCCAGUUUUGGAGUGUCCACUAGCAGUCAAUAUCUGUGAUUUAGAUCAGAUCUUAACUGAUAUGAAAGAGCGUCAUUUUCCUAAUGAAUCCUGGUUUGAUCUUGGUCUUAAAUUAGGACUGUAUCAUGGUACAUUGAAAGAUAUACGUUUAAAUUUCUCUAAAGAAGGAAGCUAUGUGUGCCUUCGAGAAUGUCUAGCUAAAUGGUUAGAAAGAACUGAUGGUGUAGAUAAAGAAGGAGGAGCAAACUGGACCACACUAGUUAAUUGUCUCAAAGAAUAUCAUAAAAAUUCAGCUGAACACAUCAGAUGCAAGAGAUUAAGAGGGGCUGCUGAUCAAUCACUGACUGAUCCAGAAUUGUGUCCAACUAGCAGUAAGAAAAGUAAAAGUUCCUGUUAAGUUGUUAUAAUGAAGGAGAUAUGGACUAAAAUUUACUACACUUGUAUUUAUUCUUAUUUGAACACAUUAUUUUGUUAUUCUUUAUUUUAUUUAAGAUACUGAACCACAUAACAA